AUGGGCAACGGAUAUUUUCGAACGUCACAAACAACGUCAACAGCGUCGAGUCCGAGGCAACAACAGCGGGACAAGCGUGAUAAAGCGAUAUACAGUUAUCAACAUAAUUACGUGGAUCGUGUCCGCUUAGAGGACACCACUGUCCAUCACCAGCACGAUUUGGGCUGUCCCCAGAAACAGUUGCGUGCCACAAACGCCGGCUGGCGUCAUUCGCAUAAAUCGGUUAACCAUCUUGAUUUAGCCACCAGCUGUCCGGCAGCAGCUGGCAAUGGUUUAAAUCACCAUCAUCAUCAGCGAUUGCACCAGCAUCAACAAACUUAUCAUCAACAUCAUCAUAUUCAUGCCCACUCUCAGCCACAUUGGACCCAAUGUCAUGUGGGCGGAGGUCAGCUAAGAAACGCACGCUCUUUGGACUACACCCAAUUGGAGGAGCAGCAACAGCAGUGUGAGGAGAAUUCUGCCUUAGAUAUAGCCGAGUUCUAUUGGCGUUUUGAUGCGGAAGCAGGUUCGCAUGAUCAAGUUGCAGCGGUUAAUGACGACUAUGAUCCAGCACUAGCAGAGCCCACUGAAACUGUUGAGGAAGCCAUUGUUCAGACUACCAGUAAAGCUACAGCUACAGCGACUCUUCUUGAUAUUUUGGGCAGCGGAGAGUCGUGCAGUUUGAGGCGAUCGCGCAGCUUGGCUGUGAUACGUGAGGAGACAUUUAGCGAUCUGCAAAUUGGUUCGGUAAACAGCAAUAUCAACAACAAUAAGAGCAACAGUAGUCGACGUCGUCGUUCACAGUUAAUACCGCGUGCUCGGCUAGUUAAUCGAGGUUUUUUCCGUGAAUCGCCACGCUUAAAUAACAAACAUCAACAGACGACAACCUCGACAACUGAGGAGCAACCAGUGGAGCAGACAACACUGCCAGUGGCAGCAACAGCAGCAGCAGAUGCGAUUCAAAGGCAGCAGCAGCAGCAACGUCAACCGCGUGAUUUUGAUAUCUAUUAUGAUAAUUUAAAACGCUUGGAUGCCUUGGCAUUGGGUUUGGGCUUGGGUUUGAGUGAACAAAAAUUACAACUGCAACAUCAUCACCAUCAUCUGGAGCAGCAACAUCUGCAGCAUCCCUGGCAUAACGACAAAAGCGACUUGGAAAGUCUUAAUUCUGAUUAUUUUAAGAACUCGCUGCAUCAGAAUCUAAGUCAGCAUCAGCAUUUGGGAGAUCAGCAGCUGCCAUCCUCUUUGGAGGAGGUAUCAACGUUAUUGAAGGAAGUUCGUCCUAGAUUGUAUCAGUCGCGGCGACAACAGCAGCAACAACAACGAAAUCACCAUCAGUCAUAUCAUUGCAUUCGACACAUCGAUACGGGGGGCUUGGAAUCUUGUCCAGAACAUAGCCAAAGCCAGAGUAGUCUAUUCCCAGAGACGACGACCACCAGCAACUCGGCAGAUGAACAAACCGAUGAGAGCCCCUCUUUAUCGGAACAGGAAUACGAUCUAACACACAUCGAGGAGAUAUUCAAGCAGGAAGGAAAUUCACAUCAGGAUCUUGAACUUGAUAUUGAAAAGAGUUACGAAUUGAUAAGCUUAACUACAACAACGACAACAACAAGGACACGUUUUGACACCAGCGAAGAAGAACAGCAGGAGCAGCAGCAGCAAGAGGGCCGAGAAGAAGGAGACAGUCUGGCCACACCCACUGGAGACGAGGAAAGUCAAUUGAGAGUCUCUGUCGCCGAUAACGAGUCACAUUUGGACAAAAUAAUAGCAUACGAUUCGGUUUAUCUGUCCUCUGAAGACAGCUCCGAGUGCACACUUAUCGGUGAGAGUUGCUGUGAAUCUUUUACCAGCUGCCUAGAAACCACGGGUGAUUUGGAGUCGCGAAGCCUUUUGCAUAUAUCAAUAGAUGAUUCCGUCUAUGAGCCAACAAAAGCCAAACAAUAUAAGAAGGAGUCAGAGGAGGAGCAGGAGCAAACACUUCUCAGUAGCACCACAACCACAGUUGAAGCUUCUCAGAUCUUUACGCAAGUUCUAAAAGUAGAAUCCAAUCUCGGCGUGAGCUCUGGUGCUGCCAGUAAGCCGAAUAUCUUGAGUGUGGUGGAGAAAAGAAAAUUCAAACCAGCCAAUAGUUUUCCUGCCCAGGACUUGGAAUUAAAGCGACAAGUUACAGACUUACAUUUGACGACGAAAUCGAAUUCCAAUCUGCAAGAGAACCAAUAUCACAGUCUACCAGAUGUCAAUAUUGGAGUUAGUCUGAAGGUCUGCGAAAGUAUUGACAAGGAGCUGCGAUCCUCGUACAAUCAACAGAAGCUACAGCAACGCAAGCAGCAGGAAACGAAACGGAGUCAGAGUCAUCAUCACCAGCAGGUGGUGACCCGAGCAGAAACUUACGAUUCGAUUAGACGCUUUGGACGCGCCCAUCAAAAGGCUAGACAAAAAGAACGAAAACGUGAGCAAGAGCGUGAAAGGGAACGGGAACAAGAAAAGGAAUCCGAAAAGCCAGCGGAAACAAAACCCCCACCCAUAGAGAUAACGGAAAUACCAAAGACAAAUAACAACCAGCAGGUGAAACCUAAUGAAGUGGAAAUAGAAGACGAACCCCUACCACCACCUCCGCCGCCCUUGACAAAAGAAGAAGCCGAAGAGCAGGAGGAGGAGCAAGAGGAGGUAGAGUCAUCAAUUGGCCAACCCGAACUACCCAAAGAAGCGCCCGUUAUUGAGGUGGCCAACUUUAGUAAACUAAUCGAACGUCGAGCCCAGGAAAUCCGAGGAGUACAACCGCAAUUUCAAUGCGAAUUCGUAUCUAAAUUUAAAGACAUUCAGAAUAAUAUACAAACGGAAGCCAAUCAGCACAAGCCGUCGGAGCCCACAAAACACAUUAUUAACCCAAAAUGUGGGCAACGUUCGCCACUCCGUCGUUCAGUAAGCUCAAGUGGUAGUGGGAGUGGAGGUGCCGGCUCUUUCAGUGGCAAACAACAGAAACCUACCGAAAGACGUAUUUUAAGUACUGGCAGAACAGCCAUCUAUAAGGCUAGACCCGUUAAAUUGGUCGAUUCAUUUCGCAUGAUGUCUCGUCCACAGAUUUUGCAUGUGGUUGAUGGUAGGGGUGGAGGCGAAGCUACCCUCAGACGUCGCAGCAUGGCAAGUAAUGUGAGCCAUGCCAAUGGUGAGAUGGCCAGUGAAUAUUUACAGAAAGUGGAUGCAGUACGUUGUUAUUGGAACAAGCUGGCCGGAUCUGAUGAAGGGCCAGCCAAGAAAACGGAAAAGGAAUCCCCUUCCACUGGCUUGAGCUUUCAGUUGGGGGGUGAGACUACAACCCAAUUGAUUAACCCCACAAAACCAUCUGUUAAUUCUACAGAUUACUGCAGCAUGUUAAUGCCCCCAUCUAUUGAGAUUGUUGAGCUUGGCGAAGGCUCACAGAAGGCCACUAUUGUAAGUGCUGCGGGAGGAGUUCAGAAUCAGAAUGACGAUACCGAGGAAGAGAAAUUUGAUCACAUUAGAUAUAAGGUCCUUAAGUCGCAACAAUUGAUACGCAGCAAUAUUUUAAGUUCGCGCAACAAAAAGGAAGCUCAAUUCGACGGACUGAUUCAAUAUCUGCAGGAUUAUAGUUUCCAGGAGUUAUUGAGUAACAAUAAUGUGGUAAUUGUGGAGCCAGUGCGAACCAAAAUAGAAAGACCACUAACAGUCACUUCCAAUGGCCAUGGGCAAACCACUGCCAAUGUACCACCAAAACCACCAAAAGAGAUCCAUGCAUCAGGUACUAAGCCUAUCCGUAAAUCCCGGUCUGGUAAUUCGGCCGCAGCCAAACGACAUUUCUUCUAUCAGCCUGUAAGAGUCAAUCGUGAACUCUAUGAAGACGAGCUCCCUGAUCCCGAUACAGUGCGCAAUGUGCGUCAGUUCUUUGAGCAAAAUAUUAUACCCACUCCUGGACGAGGUUUAUUAAUCCAAUCGCAGCAAAAAUUCGGUGGGUCGGCCUAUCAAUUGAGUCCCCGAGAGACCCGAAAGGCAGGAGGCGUAGUACGUGGCUAUCGUUACUUAACCAUAGACACCAGCUUUGGAGAAGCAGUGGAGCAACCCAAGGGCAUGGACUUGUUGUUACAAGAAGAAAGAGACCAGCAUAAGGGCAUGCCCAAGCAUUGGGAUAAUGCUAGCUUAUCGAGCGGCAUUUCUAGCGGAGAUCUCAGCUCACCCUGCGGGGAGUAUCUUCAACAUCAUCAUCAUCCGCAUCAUCAACACCAGGAGGAUACGCCCGUGCAAGCCUGCAAAGGCGUCCACGUCCAAGAUGUGAUAAGACGUCAUAAUAGCAAUGCCGCCAAUGCCAACGCCAAGGUCAGAAGAACUUGGUGCAUGGGUGGGGGAGCCGGUGGAGCCAGUGACUCGCUGUAUCGUCAAAUUUAUGAGAAUAAACUUAGCCAUGCUGAGCAUAAGGAUGAUGAUGACGAGGCGGACGGCAAAAACGUGACGGAGGAUUUGGACGAGCAGGAUGAGGAAGAGGAUAUGUGCGAGAACUAUUAUGUCAGCAAUGACGUGCUGGCUAAGAUAAGGGAAUGCGGUUCAACCGUCACCUAUUAUGGAGGACGUGUAUUGGAGAAGGGGACUCAACCGCAAUAUCAGCAACAGCAGCACCAAUCACAAAGGUCAUCGCAUUUAAGUCAGAUACAGAAUGGAACCCGCUCGAGAAUACGGCAGAUUGAGGCCUGCAAUGUGUGCCUACCAAUUGAAAGAUGCCAGCAUCAACUACAAACAAAGCACGAAGGAGGAGUAGAUGAGGAUAUAUAUCAAGGCAUUAAAUUUAAAUUGGUUAAAUCGAAUAGCUGCAGUAGUCGGCUGGAACUAGCUGGCACCGACGAUGCUUUAACUGGAUAUUUGGAAACCGAAGUUGUACGCAAAAUGGUUCAUCAUUUUGAAGGAGGCACUCAACCAACAACGUUUAACGAUUUGACCAUUAACAGUCACAGCACAACCAACCAAGAGACAGUUUUACCCACAGCAGCAAAUCGUCGUCAAGUGACAGUAAAUAAUCACAUCAAUGUGUUCAAAGAGGAGAAGGCGACCACGGAAACGUUGGUGACAAAGGCAAUGCAAUUGCCAGAGGCAUUUAGCCAACAUGAUAAGGAGAAUACGCCCAAGGCCGAUGAGAUUCUAUCAUCAUCAUCAGUCACAUAUCAAAGCCAGGCCAUGAACAUUCAUCUUGAUAAGCAGCAGCAGCCUUCCAGCAAUGGCAAAGUUUGUCGCAAUAAAAAUGUGGACUUGGCCUACACUUUGGUGAAGCAGCAGCAACCAACAGGACUAUCUGCCCAGAGUGUGCAGGGAGCUCAGGCAAGUCGCCACUUCACGAGCCAUGACAACCAGGAGAGUCAGAAAAUCGGAAAACAAUAUAUCAGCUGCAGUGCAAAAGAGCCGAAAUAUGACACAACAAAGGUUACCAGACCACAAAUCAUUGUUCCCGUAGAGAUUCAUCAUCAGCAGCAACAGCAGCAGGUUAUUCCCAUUUCUACUCCUACUCCUGCUCCUGCUCCUAUUCCUGAAAGACGUUUGAGUAAUGCCAGCAGCAGCGCAGCCUCAACUUCCACCGCUUCCAUUGUGGACAAAGCUGUGGUGGUGCGUCAUUACGUAGCCAACGAUAAAACCAUAUAUGAGAGACGCAAAUACGAUGACAUUGAGUUUGAAGAGUUUGAGGUUUAUGAUCCUAGCAAGGAUCAGCAGCUGGAGGAUGAGCAGGAACAGCAACAGGUCCAGGGACAGGAGAAACCUACAGUUGAUAAUGAACCCUACGAUAGCCUGGACGACAGAAUGUAGGUGUAAUAAAAUGCAUACAUACACAACAGAAA